GGGGAUAGGGGAUGUGGCCUGGCUCGGGCCCGCCUGUCGCCAGGCUGGAACCAGCGAGACCGCGCCCUCCAUCCCCUCCUAACUUAGGUAUCAGGUGAAACUGGUCCGGCGUGCUGGGGAGGCUGCAGUGGCCGGAGCGCGACAGAAGGAUGGCUGGACGCUGCGGGUUGUGCCUGGUUGUUCUGCUGCUCGGUGCGCUGGCAGCCGCCACUCCCUCAGAGAGUAGCAGAGCCAGCAGUUCAAAAGGAAGAAGUUUUGCUGGCCAGCAAGUUCCAAGUACAAAUAAUGGCUCUUCAGAGAUAUACGGCGUGGAUGAAUUUGCAGCAAAAGUCCUCACAGGAAAGCUGACUACAGUUUUUCUUCCCGUUGUCUAUAUCAUUGUCUUUAUCAUUGGUUUGCCAAGCAAUGCCGUGGCCCUCUGGGUCUUUUUUUUCCGAACAACGAAGAAACAUCCUGCUGUGAUUUAUAUGGUUAACUUGGCAUUGGCAGACCUUCUGUUUGUUGUGUGGUUCCCACUGAAAAUUGCAUACCAUGUAAAUGGCAAUAAUUGGCUCUUUGGUGAAAGUCUUUGCAAAGUACUUGUUGGAUUUUUCUAUGGAAAUAUGUACUGCUCCAUCCUCUUUAUGACAUGUCUCAGUGUGCAACGGUAUUGGGUUGUAGUAAACCCCAUACUGCAGUCGAGAAAGAAAUCUGAAAUUGCCUUGGGCAUCUCCCUUGCUAUCUGGAUACUGAUUUUGUUGGGUACCAUCCCAUUAUAUCUUGUUAAUCAGACAAGAUAUAUUUCAAAUCUUAACAUUACUACCUGCCAUGAUGUGUUGCCUGAAAAUGUUUUGGCUCAUGAUAUGUUCAGUUAUUUCCUCUCGCUUGCAAUUGGACUUUUCUUAAUCCCAGCUGUCCUCACUGCUGUUGCUUACAUAUUGAUGAUUAAGACUCUGAAUGCUUCCAUCUCAGAUGUAAGCACUGGGAAGAAAAGAAAAAGAGCCAUCAAACUCAUAAUUGUUGUCCUGUCAAUGUAUCUCAUCUGUUUUACACCUAGCAACGUGCUGCUUGUUGUGCACUAUUUGCUCCUCAAAACCUACAAUCAGAGCUAUCUGUAUGUGUCCUACAUAACUGCACUGUGUCUUUCUACUUUGAACAGUUGUAUUGAUCCGUUCAUCUAUUACUAUAUUUCAAAAGACUUCAGAGACAACCUUAAAAAUGCUCUUAUCUGCCGAAGUGUGAGAACUACACGGAGAAUGCAGGUGUCUCUCUCAUCAGGAAGAUACCCUAAGAAAUCAAAUUCUUACUCUUCAAACUCAAAUGGGACCACUAAAUCAACCUACUGAGUUUAAUCCUUGGAAAGUGAACUUUUAUUGCUACUGCUGAAAGGAUGUAAGUGACAAGAGAGUUAUUUUUUACAAGAGUCUAAAGAAAACAUCUCUGCUGUUUAAUUGCAUUGAAGCCUGGAUUUGAGAACUGACAGCUGCUUACCCUGUGUAGAAACAGUAAGCAGAUAAGGUCCCAUGAGAUUGGGAAAAAAAAAUCAUAAUGACAUUUCAGAUGCUUUGCAAAAAUGCUGCUGACCUGAAAGUGAGUUGUGGUUGGGGACAUUUUUGUUCAGUAUCAAAGUUGUUAAGAAACAAAAUGUCACUGGAAUGUUGCGUAGUGUUGUCAGUAUAUUUAAUUAACAGAGAAAUCUGUUUUGUUUGGCUUUAACUGUAAUGUAUUAAACAGCUGAACAGAUUACAUAUGUAGGACUUUGCUCUGUACCUGCUUAAUUUGAAACUGAGAAGGAAAAGAGAAUCCAUUUCACCAUCUUGGUAUAGACUGCUUAUUAUCUUUAAUAUAAUUUUAUAUUAUUUUCCAAGUUACCUUGCUGUAAAUAGUAACAUGGCAGAAGUCUGUAAGAUUAUCCUAUCAAGUUGACAAACUGAUAGGAUAGCACUGAGAUAAAAUUUUAGUUGAGAUUAUCCACUGUUACUUAAUGCUUGCUGGUAUAUGAUCUUACAUGAGGCUUUUUAACAACAUUUUGAUGAAUAGUUAUUUGAUUUUUAUACAAUGUGCCUUGUAUUUUUAAAGAUGCAUAAAUAAGUUUGUUUUUUUUUAAUGUAUGUAAAUAUAACACAUUUGAGUUGGGUACUUUCUUUUCUACUUUUACAUGUUUUUCAAAAUACUGAGUAGUUCAACUUGCCUGACUUCAGGUCACAAAUAUAACAGUGAAUCAGAAGUCUGACAACUAUAGGUGUAAUAUCUGAAUGGGUUAGGUAAAAAUUAUUUAAUAAUGUAUUUCAUUAGGGUGAAACUGUGCCCUGUUCCCUGUUUUAUAGGCAGAUAGCUAAAAUCAAAUGGUUCAGAACUGGGGGGGAAUAUGUGGGGGAACAUUAACAAAAUAGAUAGCAAAUUUAACCACAGUGGAUUUCUGAACUACGUUAAGUCCUCUUCCCUCACCCACCGCUUGUGACCACUCAGGAAUAUGGAAUCACAUUUACUUUUAAUCUGAGAAACUGAUGAGCUUGUUUGGUGGCGGGAUUUAAAUGUUGGGGUUUUGUUUGCUUGUUUGUUUGUUUUGUUGUUGUUUCUUUUUUUUCAAAUUUGCAGUCAAAUGUUUCAUGAAGUUGUAUUGUGAACUUGCAUCCAGGUGAUGUAUCUGAGACAUAGGCUGAGUCCCUGUUAAUGUAAUGGAAAAGCCCUCAGUCCAGAAAGUACUCUGAGACAACUAGCAUAUAGAUAGAAAAUAUUCAGCACUUCUAAUAUGGAGUGUAAGGAAGGGGAUAGAUGAACUGUAGCAGGAAUAAGAGAAUCUUGUACAGCUUGAAGUCCAUUAUUUAUAUAAUAAAUUAUUAUUUGUGCUAA